AUGGCUACUCCGCUCGAUCUUACUCAACUCUCCCUGCACCCAUCAUCGGGUCCAGUGAGCACAACACCUGCCUCAGAUCCUAAGCCCGGUCUGCCGGCCUUGAAAGAGAAAGAAGCUCAAGGAGACACCAAUGAAGUUGCUCAGAAUGGAGCGGCUGGAGUCGAGAGGGCCGAGGCCGCGGCCCUUGUCUGGAGCAAAAACGCCCUAUAUGCGAUCUAUGCUUGGAUUUGGGUUUGUUUCUUCAUGCUAGCUUUCCACUCUUCGAUCGGGAGCAACGUACUCGUUAAUGCGUACGCCAAUUUCAAGACUGCCCCCGAGAUUUCUACCGCCGCGAUCCUGGCCACUGUGGUAGGAGGAGUUAUGAAGCUGCCCAUUGCCAAGAUCCUAAACGUCUGGGGCCGAACGGAGGGAAUGCUGGUGUUUACGGGAGUCUUUCUUUUGGGCAUUAUUAUCCUAGCCUCCUGUACUGGACCCAGCGGGUAUGCUGCCGGGUAUGUGCUGUACUGGGUUGGCUAUAACGCCAUUUAUCUUAUCCUGGAUGUCUUCAUGGCUGACACAUCCGGUCUUCGAAAUCGUGCCUUUGCCUUUGCCUUCUCGAGUACCCCCUUCAUCUGCACGGCGUUCACCGGUCCAUUGGCCGCUCAAUCUUUCUUGAACAUGACCACAUGGCGCUGGGCGUAUGGAGCAUUUGCUAUUAUCUUCCCAGUCGUGCUAUUGCCACUUGCGAUUACCUUCAAGCUAUACGAAAUCAAAGCGAAGAAGUUGGGUCUUUAUGUACCCAAACAGAGCAAUCGCACAUGGACCCAAUCAAUCAUCCAUUAUUUCCAUGAAUUUGACGUGGUCGGCGGACUCCUUUUAAUGGCGGCAUUUAUUCUCCUCCUACUUCCUUUCAGCUUGACCACCUACGGACGAGCGGAAUACAAAUCUGCCACCUUUAUUGCAAUGCUCGUCAUUGGCUUUUUCACCUUCUUUGUUUUCGUUGCUUGGGAACGAUUCUUCGCCCACAAGCAAUUCAUUCGCUACGACCUGCUCAAACAGCGGACGGUACUUGGGGCCUGCCUCCUUUCGGCGGUACUGAAUCUGGGUUACUUCGUAUGGGAUCUAUACUUCCUCAACUUUUGUAUGGUGGUGUAUGAUCUGAGCGUCUCGAAUGGUGGAUAUAUGAACCAGAUCUAUAAUAUCGGGUCCUGCUUCUGGGCGCCCCUGUUCGGUAUCUACAUCCGCCAAACCAAACACUUCAAGAACGCGUGUCUCUACUUCGGUCUCCCCUUGAUGCUCCUCGGUUCCGGGCUGAUGAUCCACUUCCGUGGCCAGCACGACGACAUCGGAUAUAUCGUGAUGUGUCAGAUCUUCAUUGCCUUUGCCGGCGGUAUGCUAGUGAUUGGACAGGAUAUGGCGGUGAUGACUGCUGCAGACCAUGACGGUGUUCCCAUGAUGCUCUCCAUCCUAGGGCUAUUCGCCAGUCUGGGUGGUGCUGCAGGAAACGCUGUUGCUUCCGCUGUGUAUACCAAUGUCUUCCCACAGAGAUUACAGGAGAAUCUUCCAGCCGAGGCGCUGAGCAAUUGGGUAGAUAUCUAUGUUGGUGGCUAUAUCGAACAGAUGAAAUACCCUAUGGGGUCAGCAGUACGAAUUGCCAUUAAUAAUGCAUGGGGUGACAGCCAAAAGUACAGUUGCAUUGCCACUACCGCGGUGAUCGUUCUGGGCUUCCCGUGCAUUGCUGUCUGGAAGAACUUGACCGUGGACAAGAAGCAAAAUAAGGGCGUUUUGCUUUAG